UUUAACCGUAAAUUCGAGAGCAUGCAUCCUUAAUUGAGAUUGACCGUCACCACUGCGAAGUUUGUGCCGAAUUGAACCGCAAGUAUUACAUUACGAACACGGCGGAAGUUGGAUCCCUCUGCGAUCGGAUUGAACAGAAUGUCCUGGCCUCUCCGCCCCCUCGAACAAGGGGGGAGUUCCGAGAGUCGGGCUGCCAGUUGUUUUGAUUGACAAGCCGGGUCGGAACAAUCAGGGGAGCUCCCAGCGUUUGGGAGAAUGUGGAGCAGGCGAAUGAAUGAGGGCGGGAGGCGGGAGCAGGAACACAGCUCGCUACAUGUGCAGCGCUUCAGAGGGAAACUGUCUGUGUCACCCCUAGGACAGCGUGGAUCGAGCGCUGAGACCGAGCUCCCCUCCCCACAUUGAGCAGGAGGAGAGGGGGGCAGCGGGAGGAGCUGGGCGCCAGGUUUCCAUUUCUUUUUAUUUUUCCCUCUCGGUUUCUGCCCCGUCCUCUCUGCGGGUCCGGUCCGUCUCCAUGUGCCAUCGAUGGGAAAUCAAAUCGACCGGAUCACCCACCUGAACUACAGCGAGCUGCCCACCGGCGACCCCUCGGGCUUGGAGAAGGACGAGCUGCGGGUGGGGGUCGCCUACUUUUUCUCGGACGAGGAGGAUGAGGCGGACGAGCGUGCGGCGCCGGCCGAGCUGCAGUGGAGGGAGCCGAGCCCGGCCGGGGACGAGGCGGCGGCGGUGGGUCCGGAGGUGCCGGCAGGGGGCGGUGGCGCCGGAGAGCUGGAGUAUUCCGCCUUCUGCCGCCAGGAGUGCAUCUUCUCCAAACUGAGCGGCAACCAGGACCUGGAGGUGUACUCGCUCAACAGCUUGCUGCCCCGCUGCCGGGCCGGGGACUUGCUGGAGCUCACGGUGAACGGUCAGGCCGCCCACUGGGCCGUCUACGUCGGCGGCGACCAGGUGGUGCACCUCCAGCACCAGGAGAUCCGGCUCGACCACUUGGCCGAGGUCGGCGGAGGCAGGGCAGGCCGCAUCGUCAACACCUGGUACCGUUACCGGGCCCUGCCGCCCGAGCUGGUGGUGCAGAACGCCCGCGGUCACCUCGGCCUCAAGGGCCGCGACGUCUGCUGGACCGACUCCGAGAGCUUCGCCGCCUGGUGCCGCUUCGGGAAGCGGGAGUUCAAGGCCGGCGGAGAGGUGCAAGGGGGCGGCGUGGGGGAGCGCCGCUACUUCCUCAAGCUGCACCUCUCGGACAACUGGGUGCACACGCUCAACUUCGCCAGCCUGCAAGAUCUGAUCAGGGAAAAGCGCCGGAAAGACGCCUCCGGGAAAAUACGAGUGCUCAAGGAGCUGUCCAUACUGAGUCACAAGUAGCACACAUUCUCCUCUCCUCCUUCCUCCCCCUUCUUAAUUCUUCUUGUACCCCUCCUAUCUGUCUCUUCAUUUCUCUUUCUCCUCUAUCUGUCUCUUACUUAUUUUUUCCUUGCCCGACUCUCUGCUCUUAUUUCUCCUCUUCACCUUCCCUCCCUCUGUCUGCCUGUUGAUGUUUCUGUUAUUUAUGGCCUGGCAUGUUACCUUGAGGAGAGUCUUCUCUCGCUCUCUCUCUUCUCUCCACUUCCUCCCCCCCCCCCCCCCCCCCCGCCAGCAACUGUGAAGUCAAAGAGCCCAAAUUGAGCGUUACCAGCUUCACUGACUGUCUGAAAACACUCAGACCACUAAAGUGUGAACUCGACCAUGUACUGUCCACAUUUUUUGUUUUUGUAACUGCUUAACGUGGCCCAGUAUUCUCAUUCCUGUGCCGUUUUUCUUCAUGUUAUAGUUUGAACCUGGACAUUGUAAUGUUUCUGUCCAGAAGUACUGUUCUUGUCAUUGCUUAGAAUGUCCUCUGUGUGCAGGAAACCUUUUGUUACUAUCUUUGUUCAGACGAAGUUCUUGGUUUUGCCUAACAUUUGUAUUUGGGUGGGGUUGAGAUGCUGGGCAGAAUUAGAAAUAGUAAACCAAACGAAAGAGACAGUCCUCAGCUUUGAGACUUUAACACCUCAAUUUUUCAGUAACUUUCCUGAAAGUUUGUUACGGUGAUGGUGCGUACUGUUCUAUUACUUUCAAAUAGCACACAAAUAAUGUUAUGGAUGUGGCAUCAAGGUGUCAAAAUGAAUGUGUGUUCUUAAGCUCUGGGGAACGUCUGUCACUUGGCUCUCUUAUUAUCGUCUGUCAAAGCAUUUUGAAAUGACAACGUAUCAGUCCCUGUGAGCCAAGCACAGAGCAACAUUGGUCAAAAGCUUGUUUGACACCAGUGAGUAAUAUUUUAAGUUUGGAAGCUUUGGAUUGCAGGAAGAGCAGGAAGUUUAUUUGAUAUGUUGUUAAUAUGCAAACAUUUUGUAUAUGGCAAUCCUGUUUUGUUUUUGUACUGGCCCAGGUUUUGGAUGUCUCAUUUUAAGAAGGAUAUAUUAGCCUUAGAUGAAAUGCAGAGUAUGUUUAUUGAAAUGAUACCUAGCUGCUAGGGAGUUUCGUGAAGCAGAGAUUAUACAAAUAUGUUAUAUUUUUGUGGAAUUAAACUUAAGGGGUGGCACCAUUUGAAGUUUUUAGUAUUAAGGAGGCAUAUUUCUGCUGAGUGUGGACUUGACUCCAAGGGAGGAGAAUCUUGAAACAGACCAAACUUUUCCAGGUGGUACCAAGAUGGGGGUGGGGGCGUGUGGGAGUGGAGUUGGUUUCUGGCUUUCUGAAUGGUGAAAGCUGAACUGAGGCUCUUUAAUCAAUCAGUUUGAAGAACCUGUCAUAUCUAGAAACUAUCUUUUGACCAAAAAUGAGCAGCUACCCAUAAUUUACAUUGAUACACUAAUCCUUACGUAGAUCCUGCCAGCAAGCCCCCGUCCCACCCACGCCCCCAUGGAGGAGGCGGUAGAGACUUCUGAACUUCUUUGAUUUAAUAGCGUGGCGGUGGAUAUCAUGUGUUGCUGUAUUUUACACUACUAAUGGAGAACAUUAACAUCCUUGCUGUUAUUAAUACAGCAAAAUUCAAGCUAUUGUUUUUGCUUGGUAUGGCUGAGCGUACUAAAAUCACCACAUUCUUUUAAAAAUUGCUCAGUGUGAACUUGCCAGGAUUUUCUCUGGAUAGUUUUUGAUCUUGCUCUAAGUCAUCUUGUAAGGCUUUGGAGUGAUGGAAUUGCUAAAUUGGGGUUUGUAGCAGAUGUUUUAGUUAAUUCAGAAUCUAGAUUGCAAUGCAACAGGCUAAAUUUUACAGCUUAAUUUUUGUUGUAAAUCUCUUAUUCUUAGUAGAUGUGUUGUCUUUUCUCUUCACCUGUUGUGCUGUUUCUGUACGCUGCUGGCUUGUAAUGUUGGCAGAGAUAACAAAGUGUAGAGCUGGAUGAACACAGCAGGCCAAGCACCAUCUUAGGAUCACAAAAGCUGAAGUUUCGUGCCUAUACCCUUCAUCAGAAACGUCAGCUUUUGUGCUCCUCUGAUGCUGCUUGGCCUGCUGUGUUCAUCCAACUCUAUAGUUUGUUGUCUCAGAUUCGCCAGCACCUGCAAUUCCUAUUAUCUCUGUAAUGUUGGCAGACUGUGUUUUGCUAGGCACUGCAGUCUUGUAUGUUUUGGCACAGAGCCCACUGCUGGUUAAAAUUGUAACAUGAACAGCUCAUACCCUAUGAAAGAGAAGGACCUAAUUCGCUUGUAGUUAGAUACAUUAAUGAGUGCGCAAAGUACUGCCUUCUUUCGGAGUGUUUUUUAAUAUGCAAUACCACUGAACCAGAUCUAUUUUUUUUUAACAUUCAAUUUUGUCCAAGUACUCAAAACAAAAAGUUUACUGUUUCUAUGCUCUGCUGUUAAUUAACAUCUCUGGAAUUUCAUUGGAGCUGUUGUCACACUUUGAAAUUUGAUUUUAUGACUUGUCAGAAUAUUAGGAGCCUGUGGUAACUGAGCCAUUAUUACUUGCAGUAAUAAAACCAAAAUAAUUAAA